ACGAAUUUACUGCAGUGGUAUUCCUCUUGGAUUUGGUUUACUUUUCACACCUGCAAACUUUGGAAUGUUACAGUCUACAGUUAACUAAGAUUGACGUUGGAGAAGACAAAGAUGGCCCCGUAGUUGAUUUUCUUAAUUUGCUGUUUUCGCUUUCACCUUGCAACAUUAUGGAGUUAAUUUUCAACGGACGAGUAAGAGCAACUGGAGGUUUAUUUGAAUUCCACCGAAAUAACGAAUUUUCUGCAGUGGUAUUCCUCUUGGAUUUGGUUUACUUUUCACACCUGCAACCUUUGGAAUGUUACAGUCUACAGUUAACUAAGAUUGACGUUGGAGAAGACAAAGAUGGCCCCGUAGUUGAUUUUCUUAAUUUGCUGUUUUCGCUUUCACCUUGCAACAUUAUGGAGUUAAUUUUCAACGGACGAGUAAGAGCAACUGGAGGUUUAUUUGAAUUCCACCGAAAUAACGAAUUUUCUGCAGUGGUAUUCCUCUUGGAUUUGGUUUACUUUUCACACCUGCAAACUUUGGAAUGUUACAGUCUACAGUUAACUAAGAUUGACGUUGGAGAAGACAAAGAUGGCCCCGUAGUUGAUUUUCUUAAUUUGCUGUUUUCGCUUUCACCUUGCAACAUUAUGGAGUAA